AUGCCAGAAGUAAUUACCAGCAGCACUGUUGGUAGAACAGCUUUCGGUCCCAACCUUUCCUUGUUGAAGGGUGGUACAAUCUCUCAAACAAUUGUUGGUUUAAUAGUUUCUGCUUCUGUUGUUGCCUCUCUCGUUGUUACCAUUGUAAUGAUUAGUGUUGGUGCAGGUGUUCAAAAUCCAACAUUGAAACCAGACUAUUAUGAACUUUACAAAAAGACACCAUCAAAACUCUAUCCUCUUCUCAAUGAUAUUGAUCCAAGAGGUGGUAAUUUGACAAUUUUAAAUGUUACUCAACCAUUACAUGGUAAAGCUGUGUUAUCUUCUGCUGGCAUGGUUAUUUAUACAAGUAUUGGUUCUUAUGCUGGUAAUGAUACUUUCGAAUAUUCGGUUACUAAUGGAUGGACAACUGCGACUGAACAUGUUUAUCUUAGUAUUUUGAAUCGUGCUCCAGAAGUAGUUGACAUGACAUAUACUGUUAAUAAGAAUUCAAAGAAAAAUUCAUUUGAUUUAUUUGGAUAUGAAAGUGAAAUGGGUGCUAAAAUUAAGGAUAUUGACGGUGAUGAUUUAUCUAUUACUGACAUUAUUCUAGUUUCUCCUAAUGUUGGUAGUUUAAUCUCAUUCGAUCAAAAUUACUUGUACUAUACUCCUGCUUAUGGUUUUAAUAAUAUUGAAUUACUUAACUAUACAAUCUCAGAUGGUUAUGCCAAUGUUUCAGGUGUCAUUACUAUUAAUGUUGCCAAUGAUAAACCAACAGCUGAACCUGACACUUAUACCAUUACAAAGAAUGCUUUGGGUACUUUUAAUAUUCUAGAUAAUGAUUUUGAUAUUAAUGGUGAUAACAUUUCAAUUACCACUGCUGGUUUAGGUUCAUCUGGUGUUGUUUUAAUUUCCUCUGAUAAUUCAAAUAUCGAAUAUAUUCCAAAGCCAUUUGUAGCUCCAUAUACUGAUGCUUUUGAAUAUGAAAUCACUGAUGGAGCUUUGACAAGUUCUAGUUAUGUUUUUGUAAAGAUUGUCAAUUCUCCUCCAACUGUUUCUGAUAAGGUUUUCAAUGUUGCAAAGAAUUCAAAGAAUAAUCUUUUAGAUUUGACAUUCUCUGAUCCAGAUGUACUUGAUACUGUUACCUUGACAGCUGUUAGUAAGCUUGCUCGUGGUAAUUCCUCAUUGUCUGUUACUAGCUCAAUGGCAUCUGUUUAUUAUCCAACAGGUGACUUUUUACAAGUUAAGAAGAAUUUGUACUCUCUUGUUUAUACACCAGAUCAAGGUGUUAUUUAUACUGAUUCCUUUAAGGUCAAAGUUAGUGAUGGUGUGGAUGUUGCUUAUGCCACCAUUACUAUUAAUGUAGUUCCUUCUCCUCCUGUUCCUGUUAAUGAUACUGUCACUUGUCAAAAGAAUGGACAAGUCUCUCUUGAUGUUAUCAGUAAUGAUUAUAGUGCUUCUGGUGAUGUUUUGAAAUUGAAUUUUGCAUCAUCUACUUCCAAUUUUGGUGGUAAACUUGUUAAGAUUGAUGAUAAUAAUGUAAAAUAUGAGCCAGCUAAAGGAUUCCUUGGUCAAGAUGAAGCUCAAUACAUUGUUAUUAACACUAACACUGAUGGAUCUAGUGAAGGUACUUUCAAUAGAGAGGGAUAUGUUCUUGUUAAUGUUGUGAACUCACCUCCAGUUGCUGUUCCAUUAACUUUGACAGUUUCAAAGGGUUUGACAAGUGCUCUUAAUUUAUUAAGAGAUAGUUAUGAUCCAAAUGGUGAUUCUAUUAAUUAUAAUAGUAUUGCUAAGAGUACUUAUGGAGUUUCAUUGUCCUUCACUUCUGGUAAUGCAAAUGUUAAUUAUGCUGCCUUGUCAUCUGUCUACGUUGAUUAUGUUGACUUUACUGUUGUUGAUAUUGAUGGAGCUAUUUCACAAGUUGCUACAGCUACCAUUAACGUUGUUAAUGAUGCUCCUGUUCCAGUUGAUGAUACUGCUGCUGUUUCUUGGAAUAGAAUUAUUAUUCCAGUAUUGACCUAUGCCAGUGAUAUUGAUGGUGAUUCUCUUCAUGUUGAAUCUUUCACACAAGGAUCAAAGGGAUCUGUUUCACGUGUUACACUUACUGAUGGUACAGAUGGUUUGCAAUUUACUACUUCUGGGUCAAAUAACUAUGUUGGAAGUGAUUCUUUUACUUUUGUUGUUAGUGAUUAUGGUAAAUCAAGUGUUGGAAUUAGUAAUGGAUAUACUAAGAAUGCAAUUUCAUUCUUCAAUGUUACUGAUAUCGAUUCUCAAGAUAGUGUCACUGUUAAGGAUGCUACUGUUGGAUCUUGUGGUUCUGUCUCAAAGACUUCUUCAACUGUCACAUUCACAAGUAAUAAGGGAAGUGUUGGUGUUUGUACUGUAACUAUCACAUUUACUGAUGGUCUAUUGAAUUCUGUAUCCAAGUGGAAUGUCAAUGUUCAAAAUCAAGAUCCUUCUGCCGCACCAAUUAGCACUACCGUUCACUGGAGUAAGAGUCAAGCUAUUAUUGACAUUAUGUCAACUUUGUCUGAUGCUGAUAAUGAUGCCUUGUCUUAUUCAGUUUCAUCUUAUGAUUCCACAUUCGGUAGCCCAUCUAUCAAUUCUGAUAAGGCUCUCGUAUGGACUCUUCCACAAACACCAAAAUUAGGAACAACUCAAAUUGUAAUUUCAUUCACAGAUGGAUGGGUCAGUAAGACUGCUUCUUAUCCAUUGAUUGUUCAAAACGUUGCACCAACUGCAGUUGCAAAGACAAUUUCAUCAAAGUGGUCUGCAUGUCUUUCUGGUAUUACUAUUGAUAUUUUGAGUGAAUGCUCAGAUAAUGACGGAGAUAGUUUGUCAUUUGACAGUACUACGCCAAUUGUUACUGCUCCAGCUCAAGGAAGUGCUUCAAUUGUUUCUUCAAAGGUUUAUUACAAACAAUCAACUGCUUCUGUUGGUUCUUAUUCCAUUACUUACAAGAUUACUGAUGGUAUUCAAACUUCAUCAAACUCUAUUACUGUCAAUUGUACUUUUGUUAAAUAUACUUUGAAGAAACCACCAACCCUUUCUGACAAGACAUUCACCUAUAAGGCAUUCGACGGAGCUCUCUAUUCCUCUGCUGCAACUGUCACUGUCAAAGUUGUCAAUGCCAACAAGCCACAAAUUAGUGAUCAAAGUACAACUGCUCACUGGAGAACUGUCAAGGAUGGUGUUUCAUACACUGUCUAUGAUACUCUUACCGAUGCUGAUGGUGAUUAUUAUUCACUUUCAUUUGGUAGUGGUUCAAGUGCUUAUUGUUCACUUAUUGACCUUUCGAAUGGUAUUAAGGGUGUUAAAUAUACUAGAAAUGCAUUCGAUUCCACUGAUUCUUGUAAAGUAGUUCUCUCUGAUGGAUUCAGUACAAGUGCUGCCACAUUAACAACCAACUCUUACAAUAAUGUUCCAGUUGCUGCCAACUUUACUUUAGAUUAUUCUGGUGGUAAUAUUCAAUAUGGUAUUUCAAUUGAUGUUUUGUCAUCUGCUACAGAUGCUGAUAUUCAAGAUGUUCCAUUCCUUUCCAUUUUAAGUGUUGGAAAUUCCAAAUUAUAUGGUAGUGAAGCUGCAAAUAUUGUAAAUGGACAAGUUUUCUAUUUCCCAGAUCAAUCAUUAGUUAAAGCAUUGGGUACUGAUACUGUUGCUUAUACUAUUAGUGAUGGUUUAUCAACAUCUAUUGGUUAUCUCACUAUUAACAUCAAGUCAACUUCUCCAUCCAGUACUGAACAAUAUUACAAUGUUCAUUUUAGAUAUUCAAGUGUUGGUUAUGUUUUCACACCAUUGACAAAGAUUGCAGAUGCCACUAAACUUGAUACUACUGUUGUUCAAGGAAGUGAACCAAAUCAAGGUGGUUCAGUUGUUGUUUCUAGUGUUGAUGAAAAGACAGUUACUUACAAACCAUCUGGUUCCUAUUUAGGUAAUGAAAUUUUCAAGUUAAAUGUUUCUUUGAGUGGUGAUAAGAAAUCAUUCACAUUCACUAACGUUGCUGGAAAUGUUGCCACUCAAACAUUUACCUAUGUCGUUUCAGAUGGAAAGGAUACUUCUGCAUCAAAGACUGUUACAAUUUCCAUUACAAACAAUGCACCAUCUGCAACUCCAAUUACCAUUUCUAAACAUUGGGCUACAGUACAAGGUGGAUUAGAUAUUAAUUUAUUGUCUGUUGUAACUGAUUCUGAUGGUGAUUCUCUUUCAAUUACUUCAUUCACUCAAACAAAUAAUGGAGCUGUUUCUUCAAUCAAUUCAACAUCUGUCAAGUAUAUUCCAACACCAUUGACUGCUGGUUUCACAACUUCAUUCACCUAUUCAGUUUAUGAUGGUUAUACUACAAUUUCAAAUACUGUUACAAUUUCAAUUACCAAUACACCACCUGUUGCAGUUGAUGAUACCAUCACUGUUCACUGGACCAAUAAUACAUUGUAUUUGAAACCAGUUGUGAAUGAUUAUGAUUUGGAUAAUGAUUACAUUUAUAUUAACAAAUUGUAUCCAUCUCAAUUUAUGAAUGCCUAUGCAUCAAUGGGUAAUUAUAUCAUCAUUUCAAAGGGAACAACUAUUGUUAAUAACUUUGCAAGUGUUGUCGUUCCUGGAAGCGUUGCAACUGCUGGAUUUGUUAAUCAAGUUCUUCAACCAACUGGCUCACUAAAUGUUAAUAAUGCUGCUCAACUUGCCAUUGUUAAUGCUGCUACUAAUUUGUAUCAAUCAUUGAGUUUAUAUACUUGUACUGCUUCAUUAGAUCAAUCAUUCCCAUCUUCAAAUGUUUUGAGUUUCUCACCUGGUGUCUAUUGUUUCCCACAAGGUUUAUCUGGUUCUGGUACCAUCUUGUUGAGUGGUUCAGGUCUUUACAUUUUCAGUAUUUCCACUAAUUUGAAUGCUAACUUCCAAUGGUCAUUCACAAAUGGAGCUAGUGCUUCAAAUGUUUAUUGGUUGGUUGGUGCUGCUGGUAUUUCAGGAACUUUCUAUGGUCAUGUUUUGAGUAAUGGUCAACUCAAUUUCAAUAAUGUUGUUCAAAAUGGUGUUAUUAUGAGUUUAGGAUCAAAUUCAAUGAGUUUGAAUAGUGUUACUUUUGGUUCCGUUGUUAUUCCAACUGGACAAACUGCCUUGGAAUUACAAUCUGACAAGUUGACUGUCUAUUAUAAGAAUACUUUCAUUAAUGGACCAGCAACUGACUCAUUCCAAUACACAAUUACUGAUCAAAUUGCCACUUCUAAUGUUGCUAUUGUCAAAUUGGUCUUUACCAAUACUGCUCCAGUUGCCACUUCAUUCUCAGCUGGUAAAGUUACAUGGAAAAAUACCUUAACAACUGCAAGUGUUGUUUCCAAGUAUUGUUCUGAUGCUGAUAAGGAUUCAUUGAGUUUAUUCGGAGUUACUCAAGGUAAAUACGGAACUACUACAGUUACCGAUUCUACAAGUGGUACCAUUGUUUAUACACCAAGUAGUUCAAUUUCCUAUACCUCUGUUGAUUCCAAUGGAGCUAGUUAUGUAACUGAUCAAAUUACUUUUGGAUGUUAUGAUGGAGCUCAAGUUACAUAUAACACAUUCUCUGUUGUCGUUUACAAUACAGCUCCAAAGAGUGCUUCUAAAUCACUUAGUGUUCAAAGAGAUACUUCAAAUCCAACUGUUACAUUGAAUGAUUUGUUGGUUGGUGCUACAGAUGCUGAGGGUGAUUCAAUUUCUGUAUCAAGUGUUUCAAUGAUUUCACAAAAUACUGGUGCUUCUGUCUUGUUAUCAUCCAAUACUGCUAAACUCACUUACAUAACUUCAUAUUUAGGUUCAAUUGUCUUUUCAUUCACUUUAACUGAUGGUCAAUUGAGUUCAACUUAUAAUUAUAAUGUCACUAUUACUGGUGCUCCAUUCUAUUGUGUUGAUUAUACCAUUAGUACUACCAAAGAUUCCUCUGCUGUCACUUUCGAAACUGAUUUAAAGUCUAAAUUGUCAAGCUAUUGUGUUAAUGAUGUUUGUACUUUGGCUCUUGCUUCAACUGCAUCACUCAAUGGAGUUGGUUCAAUUGCUGCCAAUGGUAAUAACUUGUUGACAUAUACUCAAAAUUCCAAGUCAUCAUCAAAUGGAGAAUCCUAUUCCACUUACUCAUAUUCUAAUAGGGCAGGUCAAAGCGCAAUUUGUAAGAUUAUCAUUAAUCAACCAAAUAAUGCACCAACUGUCUAUGAUUAUACUUAUAGUUACUCAAUUAGUAGAGCUUCUAAUGAUUAUGUUACAUUUGAUUAUGUUAGUUUAUCAUCCUCUGAUGAUCCAGAUGCUUCUGACUCAAUUGUAUUGAGUAGUAUUUCAAGUGUUGGUACAUGUACAACUAGUUCUAUCAGUAGUUUGUCAAUUACUAGUGAUAACCAAAUCAAAUUCUUGAGAAAUCCAUCAUUCAUUGGAAGUUGUUCAUUCUCUUUGGUUGUUUCUGAUAGUGAUUUGAGAAAUCCAAUCUCUAAAACUGCAAAAAUUACAAUCAAUGCCAUUUCUUCUCCACCAGUUGCUGUCAAUGAUGCUGUUUCUACAACCUAUAACACAUAUAUUGAUAUUCCAGUUUCCACAUUACUUGGAAACGAUUAUGAUUCACUUGGUGGUACAUUCUCAUUCACUGGUAUUAAUUGCCCAACAGGUGAUUCAACUUAUUGUACAGCAGGCACUCCAACUAUUCUCAAUCCAUCUGAUCCUGCAAAUACAAGAAUCAUCAGAGUUCAACCAAUUAAGGGAUCUUGUAAUUCUCAAAAAUUCGUUUAUGGUAUCAAAUCUGAUUCUGAUUCAACAACUGCCACAGCUAUUGUUACAGUUUCUUAUACCAAAUGUACAUGUUCUUUGAAUAUGGAUAUUGUAUUUGUUUUGGAUGGUAGUUCAUCUAUUGAUGCAGGAAAUUGGAUUAACAUGCAAAACUUUGCAUCCAAUUUAACUGUUGGAUUUGGUUCAAACAUUUCACCAACUGCCACCAAGAUUGGUAUCAUUCAAUUCUCUACAACAACUGUAACUCACUUGGAUUUGAAAGAUGGUACUUCCAAGACAGCUGUUCUUAAUGCCAUUUCAUCAGCUGGUCAACUCAAAUCCAGUACCAACUCAAUUUUAGGUAUUAACAAUGCUGUUUCAAUGGUUUUAAGUCAAGGUAGAAAGGAUAUCACUAGAAAACUCUUAAUUCACAUUACAGAUGGUAUGUCCAAUUUACCUUGUGGUAUGGGAGCUUGUCGUGCCAUGUAUGGUAGUGAUAAGUCAUUAUAUGGAUCUGUUCCUAAUUAUUGUAAGUCACCUCGUUUCCCAGGUACUGAUGCAACAAUAUGCUCAUGGAAUGAACCACUCAGUAGAUGUAAUCCUUGUUCUGAUGCUACUCUUAGAUCAACUGAUUUGAAUUCUUGGACAGUUGGAGGUGCUUCAAAUCCAGAAAAAUCAACUUAUGGAUCUAUUUGGAAUUGGAGACAAUUAGUUGUAGGUAUUGGUGAUGGUUUGAGUUCUGGGUAUGGACAACUUCAAAUUCAAAAGAUGAAUUACGAUCCAAACAAUUUAAUUGUUGUCGAUUGGUCUGAUUUGAGCUCUGUUUAUCAAACUGUUAUUGAUAAUAGUUGUAAUCUUGUCGAUUCCACUCAAACCAACGUUCUUGUUCCACUUUCAAGUUCUGGAUAUUCUAUUCAAUAUCUUGGAAAGACAUUGUCCAAAUCAAGUUACCUUAAUUAUGAAGCAACCAUUUCAACAUUCACUUAUCGUGUUAGUGUCUCUUCAUCAGCACCUGCUUUACAAAGAUUUACCUUAGGAUUACAACCUGGUUACAAUCAAGAUAACUUUGUAAAUUAUGAUCCAUACUUCCCAGUUUUCAUUGGUCAAGACACUACCACUAAUUUGAAUGGUUUCACUUUCUUAUCACUUCCAAAUUCAUAUACAAUUGCAGCUGGUUCAUCAGAUACCUAUACAUUGAGUAUUGCUGGUGAUAUUCCUGAAGGUGUUAUUACUUAUGGUAUGUCGGGUGGUUCACAAUACACACAAGGAACUGUUAAGGGACCAAGUGGAGUGAUCAACUCAACCACAGUUGCUCUUCCACCAAAUAUUAAUUACGGUGAUGAUUCAAGUUAUAGAACUACCUAUUGUUCCUCAACCAAAUGUUAUUUCUUUACCAAGAUGAAUUAUGCCUAUCGUAUUGAAGCAAUGAGUAAGAUUUGUAAAUAUUGGUCUGCCAAUGCAACACUAGUUCAAAUUCAAUCAUCCACUGAAAAGACCACACUCAUCAAUAAUGUUUUACCUUACGAUGAGAGUGCUACCUUCUUCUUAGGUACUAAGGAUUCCGAUAUUGCAGUUGGAUCAACAACUACAUGGCAAGAUGGUACAUCCAUGUCCUCCUAUACAAAUUAUCAAAGCAAACAACCUGGUUCCUACACUAUUAUUUAUGCUUCAUAUAAUGCUAAUUCUCCAACUGGUACUUGGUGGAAGGGAGGUAGUUAUGAUACCAACACUCAAUAUUUACUUUGUCAAUUUAAGAAAUAA